UCCAGUGAUGCGAAACCUGACAGAUUUGAUCGACAACAUUUUGCCCAUUUUCCGGCAUCCAAUGAUCGCGAGUUUUCGUCGAAAGGAGGAAAUCUCUGAGAAAAAAUUGAACGAAUACGCCCGUCACAUCGAUAACAUUCGACGUUAUUUCGACGCGGAGAUAAGCGACGAAGAGGUUCGACAUUAUUUGCACGUAUUAAUGUUCGACAGAAUGAUAUUUCGAUCGUUAGAGUGUAAAACCAAAGAUUCAGAUACGCUAGAAAGUAUAAAAGGUAUAAAAAGGAAAGAAGAUUUGAACGAGACGAUGCGAAACGAAGCCUUCGCGGCCUCACCGAAACGUAGCAAAUCUUUGCCGAGCCUAACCUCGAAAUUGACGCCGGAACUCCAUUUUCUCAGCGAUGGUAACAUCGAUUACGGGAAAAUCGUUCCAGAUAUCGUCGAGUGUUCGCCGCUGUUCGACCUGAUAGACCCUCGUGAAUUAUUAGUCCCGGGUUAUUUGGAGAAGAACGUGUUCAAGACAAGAGUAUUGGAUAGAGCUCGUCUCGAAGAUUUCAGCGACGUCGAACUAUUAUCGGAGGCAAUUUUUCUACAGUUUCUUUACGAGUGUCUCCUUGCGUUCGAUCGCGUCGAUCACCGAUACUUCGAACCUACCGACUCUCUGUUGCUGUGUUUCUGUAACAAGUGGAAAAUCAAUGGAGUAAGCACCGAGGAAAGAAUGUCUAGCAUUCGGACGCCGGUCCGACUUCGUGAUUUCUGCAAAUACGUAGUGCCCGAGGAGAAGGAUUGGCUACGUCGGGAGGAGGAGCUGUACAGAUUGCAGACGGCCAAGUCCAUGGAAAGAUUGAUGAGAAAAAGUGCCGAGAUAUACGAGGAGACGAUGCUGUUCCGUGACGAGGACUUCAUUCUCCCUGGGACACUAAAAGCAAAAGAUUCGGAAGCCAGCAGGGAUCUUGAUAGGCAAAAAAGUAGUUUAGAUGUCGAAUCUUCUUUCGUAGAUGUAUCGCCCCUUACUCCUGUAGAAGAAAUGACGAACGCCGCAAAAAAGAGAAAGAAGAGCCCUAAGGAAGGCAAAAAGAGAAACGACAAAUCGUCCAGUCGAAGGAUCAGUUCGAAGAAGUCAAUCGCCGAUGAAAUCUCUCCAUUGAUUACUGGAAAAGUGUCACUGGCCCCACCUGAUACCGAGAGGGAACCAGUUUAUGAUUUCGUAGGUUAUGAUCUUGAGAGAUUACGUGUACAAGUGACAAAUCGCAAGAAAACGUUUUACUCGGCCGACGAUACUUUGGUACAAGUAGAAAUAGACGAUUGGCUUUACAAGUCCAAGAACUUACGAAUCACGGUUACUCUGCACGGAUACAGUUUACGAUUGUUUCAUAGAAUCGAUGGUCCUGAAACGAACGAGAUAUUUCACGUAACGAGUAGAAUCGGUAUUAUCCUUGCUUUUCAGAAGAUGCUGGCGUCGUCACAUGCGUCAAAGAAUCGUUUUCACACCUGGCAAGACAUGAACGUCGAGCAAAGAAUCUCGUGGCCGACGGGAUUACUGAUAGAACCAAUCAUCGGUGACGGUCCGGAUAAUCCAUAUUACAUUAAACAGUCCUACAUACCAAAGGGAUACGUCAACCCCGAAGGUGAUCGUGAAAUUUGCAGAAGAUUUCUGAGAAAUGGCACUGUUCUAAAAUAUCUGGACGAUGGCAGAGUAACAGUCCUUCGUCCUAACGGAGUAAUCGUCAAUUGUAUAGCUUUCGAGGAGCUUCAAGUCGAGCGACACGAAAAUUACGAUGAGCAGGUCAACUUCCCCAAAAAUGGUUCAGAUAAAAAUAAUCCAGGAUAUAAAAGUACGACUCACGGCCAUAUUAUUUUAUCCAGUAAUGUUUAUACAAAAGAAGAUGUGACGGAAUGUGGUAUUAACCGGUGCGGUAUUCUAACAUACAGCGAAGCUGAAAACGCGUUGAAUAUCGCAUUGCAAUGGGCAAAACGUCGAAAAGAAAUGGAUACUCUUUGUGAAUUGAGACCAGCCUUGAAAAUGUAUCCGUAUUCCACUUUUAAAGGCGACAGACCGAAAGAGCCGAAGGUUCUAUCUAAAAUCAAGAGAAAGCCAAUGACUGGCUUCAAGUCUCGGUUGCUCGAAGCGGACGAGGUAGAUUCUGUGUCUGCACAGCAGAAUUUAACGAUGGAUCGUGACGACGUUCUGUCAACGAUGGGCAACACGGUCAAAGUGUCACGGUACACAGUGUUGAAUGACGACGGUGGGCUGUACGAGGUGCUAGACGACUUGAUCGUAAGUGAACAGCAUCGAUUACUCGUGAGAAUAGCGUCAGACUACGAGGUCGACGAGAAAUUCACGCGUCGCGCCGACGGUACCAACAUGUUGCUGAAUUCCAAUGGAGAAUUGAUCGUCAGAUACCCAGACGGUACGCGUAUCACGAUUGGCUACACUAUAGAAAAGGAGCCAGUGAUGUGUGACUGGACCGAGGAAGAAAUUCUCCUAUACUUCGUUUCUGAUGGAAUAAAGGAAGACGAGCAGCGGCACUACAUCGAUCCGUCGUUAUCGAAUCUGAAAUACGUCGAUGAAGCUUCUUUGCGGAAAGUGAACGCGGAUUACCAGAAGAAAAUAAACGAGCUAUUGAUCAGGGACAGUUUCGUCUCCGUCCUGUUGACGUGUCGCAUGGAACACAAGAACUAUGCCACCGUGUUCUACGAUCAGUCAGCAGUUAACUGCACUUUAUCGAUGCCGGACGAUCUUCGAGUCAGCAUAUCGAGAAGAGGUCAUUACGAAGUUUCGAUGGCGGACGGAGUUAAUCUAAAGGAUUAUCAGGUGAAGCCAACGAAUUUCGAUAGGAGGGACAUAUUGCGCAGUACUUAUUCGAUUCCGUACGAUUGGCUAUUCCCAUUUGGAAGGAACGCUAAUGGUAUUUGGAAAAAUACCCAUGACCUGCCAUUAAUGGGCGACGUCGAAGCUUUGCCCGAAUUAUUGAGUAUUCGUAUUCUGCGUGGAUUCAAGGAACCAGGUGGAAAUGCAGUGAUCGAUCUCCAAAGAGCACUCGGGCGCUAUUGGAUGUCCGUUAGUGAAUUAAUGUCCUUUUUAUCAACCUAUUGCCAGAUGUUCCAAUUAAAUUUACUCGAUCGACCAGCCAGCCGCAUUCCACCACCAAAAUACUUGGCCUUCGAGUAA